AUGGUGCCCAAGAAGAAGAAGUCCGGCCCUUCGGCCCAUCCAUCCACCUCGAGGGCUCCAUUGCCCGUAGCCUCUAAUGCUGCGGGGGAUGCGGAGACGAGCGAGGACGUGAGUGCUGCUGGGGGCCUGGCUGGAGCAGGUGGCGCCAUCACCGCUCCCCCUGCGGCCCACACGGGGGCUGGGGAUGUCGGAGGAGAACAACAUCAGCAGCUUCUCGAUGGUCAUGCUCCACGAGGUGCAGAUGAGGGGGUCACUCUGCUCGCUCCCCCUCCUCCCACCAGCGGGCACAGCCGCAGCACCGACGCUCGGUCCAGGGCGAGCCAUCGUCCUCCAGCCGACCCCGCCACGGGGGUGGUCACGGCGCAUGUGCCUCCUCCCGGGCGAGCCGACCAGACCGCCGCGCCCAAUGGAGCCACCAACCCUCGAGCACCACUGCCGCGCAACCCCGCUGCCCAAGUGGACGUUCCACAGCUGCGUGGAUGCGGCACUACCACCGUCGCUGCCGGUGGCACCAUCAGGAGCCAGGCGACAGUGCGGUCGACGUCAUCAACAUCUAUGCCAAGCACAGCUACGAAGGCCAUGGCGCGAGCUCAGCUACUACUGAGGUUUCCGCCGGCAGCCGAGCAGAUGGAUGAAUGGCGUGCCACCAUCCAGAGCUUGCUCGGUUUCGCUGAGGUUGGGGGCUCGCGAUGA